UUAUGAGCCACCAGACCCAUAUCCGCCCCGCUUGGCCCCGACAAGAGAAGCGAGGGUGAGCGAACUGCAGCGGCGCGAGCGAAGCCAUCGCCCGAGACCGCACAUCUCGCGACAUAUAGGAGCGAGUUCCCCGGCCGCGACCAGCCAGUGUAUGAGUCAUCGCUGAAGGGGGAGGAGUUGCCUGUAACGUUUCAAGUGACGCCACCGCCUCCCAUGUUAGUCAGCGAGUCCGAACAGGUGACUAGGAGGAAAUUCUCGCGCCGUGAGUCCAAGCAACCGCUGUCAACCAUGUUCACUCGAGCGCAGGCCGCCGCCACCACCACAGCUGCGUCGAAGCCUUCUGCCACCACCACAGCUGCCCUGCCACCUACCACCACCACAAACCCGGUUGACAGUGCCGCUACCACAAAUACAUCCGCCGCCAAUAGUGACGUAGUGCCUAGUGUUAGCCUCACCAUUACAGCUGUGGCUACGAGUUUACCCGAUUCCUUCAGCGCCGUGCCAGCGUUGGAUACACCCACUAUCACCAAUAUAGUGCUGAACUCUCUCGAGGGCGUCCAUAGCGGAGUGCCCACCCGUACCACGCCCACUCUCACGCCCACCACCUUGAGGAACAUCGAACAGACCUUUUUGGAGUUGUCGAGCGUUCCUCAGCCCGAAACACACACCAACCAGGCUCCUCGCUCGUCCCAGCCCACAGCAGUGAGCAGCACCUACAUCUCCGUAGACUCCAAGUGCUGGGGCGGCGGAACUCUGACGCAGGUACCGGCGCCCACUUCGUCCUCGUCUUCGUCAGCGUCUUCUGCGUCCUCAGCCACGGGCGUUGUCCAGGUACGCCCUCAGUCGAGUCUCAUUUCGACGAACCCGGGGCAGGCGCUGAACAUGCCCGCUCAGAUCCAGCAGCCGCCCGUCAGGAGGACCGGGGGGCGGCGGCCCGUGAAAGACGAGAAGCUGUCCCUGGAGGAGGAGGAGCGGCGCUCCCUCCGCCGCGAGCGCAACAAGCUGGCUGCCGCCCGGUGUCGGAAGCGGCGGCUGGACCAGACCAACACCCUGCAGGACGAGACGGACGAGCUCGAGGAGAAGAAGAACGGCCUGCAGCAGGAGAUCCAGCUCCUGCAGCAGCAGCGUGACGAGCUCGAGUCUGCUACCCACAAGGCCGUGUGCCGCCGCCGCCAGCAGAUGGCGUCCACGACGGCCAACAGCCUCACCAGCGGCACCAACACCACGACCGCCGCCGUCGCCGUCAGCGCCUCCGCCGCCCACCAGGCUCGCCUGCUCAAGAAGGAGAUGCUGCUGGAGGAGGAGCCCGCGGUCAAGGAGGAGCCCAUGGAGCACGAGGAGGACCUGCGGCGCCCCAAGAGCGAGGGCAGCCUCAACCGGCCCAGCCGACCCACCAGCCUCAACGUGGCGCCCGUGGCCCUCCGCCCGCCCAGCGUGGCCGACCUGGGCGUGCCCAUCGAGACGCCCUCGGCGGGGCUGCGCGGCCUCAACUUCGAGUCCAUGAUGGAGGGCGGCACCGGCCUCACGCCCGUCACCAGCGGCACGGGCCUCACGCCCCUGCACACGGGGCUGACGCCGCUGAGCACGCCCGUGGUGUCGGCGCCCGCCGUGUCCAGCGCGUCCAACAACUGCGGCUCGCAGCAGCGCUCGUCGUCCUCGGACCUGUCGUCGCCCGACUCCGUCCCGCCCAAGCUGGUGUCCCUUUGAGGCCCGCGGACCCCCGGCCCCCGCCCACGCCCGCGCCCACACCGCUACGCCCUGAGAUCCCUGACGUCUGGGCUGCGCCCGUCGACGAAUGCGAGUCCCUGACAUGCAUCCGUCCCUCGUGUCCCCGCGAGACGCCCUCCCGC